AUGCAUCAACAUUCAGCGAAAUUGAAACUGAAAAAUCAGGUUAAUGCGUUUUCGCUGUUUAUAACUGUAAGUCCCUUUGAAGUCAGUACACCAGUUCAGCAAAUAGGAUCUCAAUUUAUAACAAACAAAUCCAGAUUCAGAUGUACCUGGAAAGGCUGCAAACACAUAGAGCACACACCCAAGAAGAUCGAGAGACACAUAAGGAAUGUUCAUUUAGGUAAUAAAAAAGCGCGUCGCUCCGCAGAUUACGAUGAAUCAUGCAGCGAAAAUGACCAUGAGGAGGAAUUCUACUAUACGGAAAUUGAAGACGAGGAGGAAGAUAGUAAAACACCGAGCCCUACAUCACCUCCCACACUCAGCCACCGCGACAUGGCACGGCCACCACACGAAGAUCCUGAAUACCAAAGAAAAAUAGUGGGAAAUUAUAAGCAAGGACGUGUCAAUCAACAGCAACAGAUUCAACAAAGUCAGGGUCAAAAUCUAAUAAACGGAAAGACGGUAUUUCACGGCGGCACUUUUAUUACAAAUAGCAAUAGUAGCAACAGCCAAAAUAACCAUCAAAUGCAGAACAAUUGCAUAUCGACUUCAUCGCUAACUCACCACAACUACUGGCAGUCAUCCUCAGUACCGGUAGUAUUAGCUCCGCAAACCGCCACUUCAGCGGUGACAACAAACUCAAGUCAGCAACUUCAACAGCAGCCGCAGCCACAGUAUAUUAAACACGCUCGAUCAUCGCCACGUCCGUCCCAGUCGACCGCGCCAUAUCCAUCGCCAACGUACCAUCAUAAUUACAGCAGCAGUCCGAAUGCGUGCAUUAGCAGUAAUGGCAAUAGCAGCGCCAAUGGCAACGCAUGUAACAAUCAAAGCAGUUCCAUCGUACACAACAAUAGCAGUGCCAACAAUAUGCUUCAGCAAUUGUCCCAACAAAAUGUCACGGUGACGGCACAUCAUAGUGGUGCUCAUCACAGUCAGCAACAACAACACCAAGUACCGGCAGUAACAAUUACGCCAAAUUAUCCAAGCAACCAGCAGCAACAACCACAACCGCAACCGCAACUACAGCACAUUCAUGGCCACCAACAAACGACGCACUCCAGCGCUGCCGGAACUAUAGUGACACUCCCUACAGCCCACGUAAACCAUAAUCCACAACAUCAUCAACAGACGUCUCAUCAUAACCAGCAACAGCAUUCACAACAUGUAGCUGCCGCCACGACAACUAAACACUCACCGAACUCACCAAAUAGACGAACUCGAGGCGAGAACAAAAAAUGCCGUAAAGUAUAUGGUAUGGAACGCCGUGAUCAAUGGUGCACCCAGUGCAGGUGGAAGAAAGCAUGCAGCCGAUUCGGUGACUGAAAAAGGCCCAAAACGUCGGCGGCGGCGGAAACGGCGGCGACGGCGACAGCGACAGCGAUAGGAACAGCGAAAAUGAUUUCGACAACAACGACAGAACUGGCAGCGAGAGCGAAAUCAAAGUCAUUAUCAAUGCAUAAAAUGGACCCUGGGAACACAGAGAUGCUGGUUGCGUCAAACUAUUCAAAUACAAAGUACAAGCGAACAAGCAACAACUAUAAUAUUGGCCAUAACAGCAACAGAAUUGCUACCCACAAAUACAAGUAUUUGGCAGCUUCCGCACCAGCAACUGCCGUGGCCACCUCCGUUAUUGUAAAGCCACCAAAUAAUUUAAGUAAAAUUUCUGCUAGCAACAACAACAACAACCACAACACUGCCAAUGGCAGCAAUAUUGUCCAUACUCCGCUGUCUAGCAACCAUAACUAUGAUAUAAACACGGAUGUAGAGAGUAAAUUACAACAGCAACAAAUGAAAGUUGUUGCAACUGCCAAUAACAGCAACAGCACUAAUAACAAUCAUUUGCUGACCAUUGCUGCCUCAAGCGCUGAACCGGACGCCUGUAUGCGAACGUCGCUGCCAACAGAAUACUUUCCUUAAGCACCAACACCACAAAACAACAAAAUGAGGGCUGUGCCCUUUGCAAUAUAAACUAUUGCUGGCCUCGAUGAUGAGCAUGAGGACGACGAUGUAACAGCCGCAAUAACCACAACAGCAAGGAACAUUUGUAUGAACACAAAAUCGGCUAUGUUCGCUAACAUUUGCUGCAAUUUUUAUCAUAAAAUGUUUUUUUUCUAUUUAUUUAAGAAAUGACUUACAAUAUUUUGCUUUUUUGUUAUUGUUUAUUUUUUGUUGCCUUUACUUAUUUGAUUAAUCAUUCAUUUGAUCCGCCUACAACGGCAAUUUUACACUAUAGAUUAAUUUUAUGGAAUUAGAAAAAUUUUUCUUUAUUAUUACAUACAUAUAAAUAUAUAUACAUACAUACAUAUAUACAUACAAAACUUUACAUUAAUAAAAUAUAUACAUAAAUACGUAUAGUAUUAAGAAUUUCGACCUUGCGUGACUCUACCUUUAUCCAUUUAUCCAUAUUAACCGGCGACAUCUAUACAGACACAGUUCAAGGAAAAGCGAAGUUACAAUAAGUUACAAUAAAGUUACAUAAAAAACAAUCUAAAUAUAUGUGAAAGUAAAUACUUUUGAAGUUGCAAACAAGUGUGUAUCUGUAUUAUAAAUAGACAAUGUUAAUAGGCAAAUCAACAAACAUAUGUGUGUAUGUUGCAUAAGUUCAUAAUAGAUACUUAAGCAUUACUUACAUUAAUCAUAGUAAUCAUAAUGGAAAUGUUUAAAUUCAGUUAAAUAGAAAAAUGUUAAACCAAGACAAAAGAAAAAGAAAGCAAACGAGACAAGAAAUCAAUACUAAUUUUUAGGUUAAAUGUAAAAAAAGGGUUUAGUGGAAAUAACUACCUACGUUUAUGCCGGCAUACACACAAAGUAAUACAACAAUACAACAAAAUAAACUAAACACAAACAAGUAGUACCUAAAGAAACCUUCUUCACCUACAAAUUCUACAAAUCAAAGUCUCAUUUUCAAAUUUGAUUUUUUGUUGGUAUUUCAAUGGACUUUCAUUUAUCACGCUUGAAAACAUAAUUAUAAAAUCAACGUUUGCUCUUGUACUAUUUACCAAAUGCUAACUCCAAAUGCUAAACAUUUGCUGAAGUAUAAAGAAAUAAACAAAACGUUUUCAGUGCUAGCAAUACGCAAUACUUCAUCCUGUUAUGUCAACGACAAAUACAAGAGAAAAAUAUGUACUACGUUUUUUUUUUCUCUCCUUUUUUUUUGUGAUACGUAAUGACUUUUGAUUAUCUUAAAAAUACGUACAUUGGAAAGUUCUAUGUCAUAAUAUGUAGAAUAUUUUGCACUGGUAUUUACAUCUGCAUGUGUAUUGAACUGAGAAGAAGUAUUAAAUAUGUAUUCUUGAAAUUCUGAUCUGGUUAAGGUAGCGACUGGAAAUAGCCUUUUUAAGAAAGGAAAAAUGCUCAUAAGAAGUUUGGAGUAGCAAGAACAAAUAUCUUAUACUCGAAGAGCAAUUUAAAAAUGUUCAACUCUUGAGAAUCACAUUGUUCAUUUGCUGCAAAACUGUCAUAAUCCAAAAAAAUCAAAAUGUCCAGAAAAACGGCUUCAAAGUUUUAAAUUUACUAUGCCUCUAUCAAAACGACGCUACUUGGGGUGUACCAGUCUGGUACUUCAACCACUUCACCUAUGCCUCUUUAAGUAAAAGUAAAGACGCAUUUUUAUUCCAGCAGCACUCCUCGUACAUUGCUGCUACAACAACAACACAUUUUAAUCUAAUGCGAUACUAUUAAUCGAUAGCAGCAAGAAUUUUUUACACAGCAUACAAGAUGAGCUGGUAGUUCUUUCUGCAUAGUUAUUACAAAAAAAAAUUGGAUUAUGACACUCUUGCAGCAAAUGAGCGUUAUGUGCAUAUGUAUGUAUGUUUCUAAGCAAGUACUUGAGUUGAGGUGGAGAUACCGAAAACCUGUUUAUGUGAUCAACAUAUCUAGAGAAAAUAUAAUUAUUGUAUUAAAAUUUACGUGAAAGUCGAGACACUUCAUACAGUAAAUGCCACGUAUCACAAUUUUUUUAAUUCUACCGCUUCGUUUUUUUUUACCAAAAAACUCCUCCAAAAAGACAGUUCGAGCAAGUAAAAGAAACGCAAAUUGUAGAAACGUAGAACUCUCGCAAGAUAAUGAAAUUAAAAAGAAGUGUUCAAAUUUAUGUAAUGCUUAGAAAUCUAAAUUUACAAUAAAUUAUUUAAUAUGUACUUCAUUCGAAAUAUG